AUGUCUCAUUUGAUGAUUGCUCAAACUCUAAAUUAUCUUGGGUAGAUAAGCGAAUCUUUGGUAGAAAUCUAAGAAAUUGAAAGCUAAUUAGAUUACAUUAAUCACGAUAAUUUAAGAAGUUUCUUCGCUUCUAGAAUUGGAUUCAGAAAAAUUAAUUUAUAGCUACUAUCGAGACCGAAUUCGGCAUGCUAAUGGAUUCAAUUUUAUCAAAAAAAACUAUACGAAGAAAUUGAAAAGUAUGAAAAUUUAACACUUCAAGAUGACUGCUAUUAAAAAGAGUUAUUCAUUUUACUUAGAAUAAGAGUAUGCUAUCUUACAAGAUAAAUAAAUCUUUGUGAGGCCAAUAAUUUGAAAAAUGAAAUUGAAAAAAUUCUGAUUAAUGUAUCUAUAGCAAAUCCUAUGAUUUAUUUCAAGACUCAAAUUGUUGAUCUCUAAUACAGAACACUAAGUUUAAUAAAAGAUGAAGAUUAGCUCAAUCAACUACUUGAGAAAAGUUUUAAUGAACUAUGA